AUGACCCGUUGGUACAGUGCCCCCUUACAAUUACAUCGACGCUGGAAACAAUCGAAAUCGCAUCCCAGCAAGCGUCAAAUCGACAAUGGCAGAUAUUCCAUAUUAGAUCAAAUCGGCCAAGGUGCAUCAGGCAUUGUCCAUUUGGCCGCUGAAGCCAAAACAAACAAGAAAUUCGCCAUCAAGGAAAUGAACAAAUCAAGACUUCAAAGACGAUACCACCAAUCUCAACUCAUCAAUAACAGAAAGCCGCUGUAUCCUGAAUCUAAGAAGCGUAAACUAGAAGAUUUGGAGCUACAUAUUGAAGAAAUCGAGAUAUUAAAGCAACUACCAGCACAUUUAAACAUUAUUCAAUUCAUAGAGGUCAUUGACAAUGAUCCUGACAACGAAGACUCCAUAUUUAUAGUUACCGAAAUUGCAGAAAAAGGCAUUAUUAUGGAUGUGACACCUCAUGCAAUGACAAAGCCAAUAUCUCAAGGUCAAUGCCGUGACAUAUUCUCCCAAUUAGUGGAUGCUGUUGAGCAUUUGCAUUCGAAUAAUAUAGUUCAUCGAGAUAUAAAGCCUCAGAAUCUGGUCAUGUCAAAUAACAACAUUGUCAAAUUGAUCGAUUUUGGAAACGCCACUUGUAUUACAGCAGUCACAAUUAGCUCUACAAGCAGCAGUGUAGGCUCUCCUGCAUUUAUGGCCCCUGAAUUGCUGAAAAGAGCUGCACGACGAAAUCAAGAACACAGUGUAUCCCCUACAUGUGCCGAUCUUUGGUCUAUGGGAGUUACACUUUACUGCAUGGUGUAUGGACAUUUGCCAUUUGAAAAAGCAAGCUUGAUGGACCUCUACAGCGAUAUCCAGAACAAGGCUAUCGAUCACUCUGAUAAAGUGGAUCCCUCUCUACGGGAUCUCAUCGACAGGUUGCUGGAGAAGAACCCUCAAACCCGAAUUACGAUACAAGAUGUCAAGAAACACGCUUGGUUGAAUCAAUAA